AUGAAUCUCUCUUCCACCACUCUUUCUUAUACAGUUGUUGAAACUGAGACAGCUGUCAUACUCAACGUUUUUUCUACAUGGACAUAUCAAAAUAUCCACACAACACACUUAGUGAUUGAAGGAGGAACCCUGAAGCCCACACACCUUUCAAAAGGCACCAUCAUCUAUGCUACUGUUGGGGGUGCUAGUCUAAUCGCUGUCUUGCUGCUGGCAGUAUGGUUUGGGAAGUCCAAACAAACCUCAAAAGAAGAACUACAAGUUUACUGCAACAUUUCACACCUUAGAAAAGACAAAAAAAGAGAGGUCAGCUGUGGCUUCAAUGAUGCUGAUAAGAAGACAAAGUGUAGUAAGAAGAGCUCUUGUGUCUUUACUCUCCAAAAAAGACCGGAGCCACCAACAUCCGAACCCACAACAAACAAAUGUAGCGUAACCAUUGAUACUGACGAUAACAUAUAUUUCACCAAACUUCCUGCACAUUCAGAAAAUUCACCCACAGAGGACCAAAAUGACUAUGCUAAUAACUCUGCCAUUUACAUUAUUCCUUUGCCAGAUAUUAUGUAUGACGCAACAGAUGAUGGCACUUGUAGAGAACACAUGCCUAAUCCUUAAACAUGCAAAAAUACAGAUCGCUGUGCAAACAGUGCAUCACCUUGUGUCUCCCGUGCCCCCUGUGAAUCCAGCGAAGACAAGCCCGGAUCACGUUGGUUUGGUUUAAACUUAUCAGGAACAAAUCCGAGUUCAUCUCAAAGAGUAAUGAAAAGAAAUGUCUUCAUCUUAUUAAGCAUGUACAUGAAAUUGCACUCUCAUUGUUUCAACCACUGUUUCAG